GCCGUUCGGGAGCCGCCGGUGGGGCCCGCACCGGGAGCAGCGGCCCCGAGGGGGAUGAGGGUGCCUCCGGGGCCCGAGCCCGUCCGCUAUGGCAGCAGUGGGAUGGAGCCUGGUCCGCGCCGCCGCCAGGCACAGUUUCAGAGGCUCCCAUCUCCUCGUGCACUCCAGUUCCCCGCUCUCCCCAGCAGUUGCUUUUGCCCAAGCAGUGGAUCCUGGUUUAAGCUGGACCUGUGUCAGAGACUCUGAGAACCAUCUGUGCCGUGCUCCCGUGGGUACCAUCCUGCCCCAUCCACUGGCUGCAUCCCUGCGGGCAUUCCACACCUCCAGCUGCUCACACCAGGAAGAACCCACAUCCCGCAGCGAUGUGACCCAUAAGGCUCAUCCUGACACAGAGAGGCCCAAGGGGACAAGGUCUUUACGCCAACGAGUUGUGGGGGAACUGAAGCAUUAUUACAAUGGAUUCCACUUGCUUUGGAUCGACACAAAGGUGGCUGCCAGGAUGGUGUGGAGGCUGCUGCAUGGCCAGGUCCUCACUAGGAGGGAGAGAAGAAGGCUGCUGAGAACUUGUGCAGAUCUCUUCCGCCUGGUUCCCUUCCUGGUGUUCGUCAUCGUCCCCUUCAUGGAGUUCCUGUUGCCUGUGUUCUUGAAGCUCUUCCCUGAAAUGCUGCCCUCGACGUUUGAGACGGAGUCAAAGAAGGAAGAGAAGCAGAAGAAGAGGUUAAACGCGAAGCUGGAGUUAGCCAAGUUCCUGCAGGAAACCAUUGCAGAGAUGGCCAAAAGGAACAAAGUGGAAUCAGCACAAGGAAAACAAUUCUCCUCUUAUGUGCACCAGAUCCGUCGCAGCGGCCACCAGCCCAGCACCCAGGACAUCGUGCGCUUCUCCAAGCUCUUUGAGGACGAGCUCACCCUGGAGCACUUGGAACGGCCUCAGCUGGUGGCUCUGUGCAAGCUGCUUGAGCUGCAGCCCAUUGGCACCAACAACCUGCUCCGCUUCCAGCUCCUGCUCCGGCUCAGAACCAUCAAGGCAGACGAUGAGCUGAUUGCCAAGGAAGGAGUCAAUGGCCUGAGUGUGUCCGAGCUGCAGAGCGCGUGCAGAGCCAGAGGGAUGCGGUCACUGGGGCUCUCAGAGGAGCAACUGAAGGAACAGCUCAGACAGUGGCUGGAUCUGCAUUUGAAAGAGAACGUUCCACCUUCUCUGCUCCUGCUUUCCCGUGCCUUGUACUUGAUAGAUACAAAGCCACAACCUGCUCCAGGUCCCCAAAAGCAGAGAGGUGAAACUGCUCCAGUCACGACAUCCACUCUCGAAGGCCAAGAGACCCUGAUGGAUCCUGCCCCUGGUGUACAGGGAGGAAAGGUUGGGAAAGAGCAAUCUCUGAGUAGGACAAUGAGGCUGAUGAAGAGGUUGUAUCCCAGCCAACAGAGCAAUUGCCAGGCUCAGAAGUGCCAGCAAAGCCUCCCCCUCAAGAGACCCAAAUGGAAGCAUCUCGGAGCAGCAAAGCCAGCGCCAAUGGAGCAUAGCCUGGAGCCAGCGAGGACUGUGUGACACCGGGAGAGCAGCACUGUCCCCUCUGCCCCUCCUCGGAAGGAAAGAGGGAUUCUCCCAGAGGAUGCAUCACCCAAAGAGGUGGCAGCAGCCCUUGGGGGCCUCUCCGUGUGCAGGCACUUACCUGGAUG